AUGGUGCGUAUGUCUCCCAUCUUUCGGAAGCACGAUCCUAAUUCCAAGAAGCACGAGUGUCUUGAAUGUGGGAAGAAGUUUCGGACAGCCUCUGAAGUACGUCGUCAUCAAUCCACGCACAGUGGUGUGAAGAACUAUCAAUGUCCUAUCGAGUCAUGUGGGCGUUCUUUUACGACGAAUUCAUAUCUUCAAAUUCAUCUUAAAAGUCACAAAACAGCAGAGAGUUUUCAAUGUACGAAGAAAGGCUGUUCUAUGAAGUUCUUUUUAAAAACUGAUUUAAUCGAACACGUUAAAACGUGUCAUAAAGACGUCACAAGUGGGUGGGGAAAGCCCGCCUUUUGUUGUCCAUAUGAUGGAUGUCCUAUGGCAUUCGAGUACCCAAGUUUCUUAUAUAAGCAUUGCGCAGCUCAACAUCAGAAGAGUGAGUACAUGUGUGGCUUUGAUAACUGUUACUGUUCCUUUGAUAGAUUCGAACUCUUUUUGGAUCACUUGAAAGUCGUCCAUAAGAUGUCUGAAGAAGACUAUAAAGAGGAAACUGUUGAAUGCGAGCUCUGCGGUGUCCCAGUCUUAAAACGUGCUCUUCAACAACACAUGAGAAAGGCCCACUCAACCAAAUUCGUCAAAGCCGACGAAGAUGGAAAUUUGGUCGUCGACAAGGACAAACAGUGGUUCAAAGUAUAG